GAAUCCUCUUUCGUUAAAUCAUUUAGAGUUUAGACGGUUGCACUGUGCACCUACAACAUGAAAACCUUUCAAGUAUUACAACUUUCUCUGAUUUUUUCUAUUUUUGUAAACUUAGUCCAAUCCCAGUAUUUAUUUCCUGAUGACUUCAAGUUCGGUGUAGCCUCGUCCGCUUAUCAAAUCGAAGGAGCUUGGAACGUCAAUGGUAAAGGAAUGAGCAUAUGGGAUCGAAUUACCCACACAACAGAUAUAGUACCAGAUAACGCCACGGGAGACAUAGCUUGUGAUUCAUACCAUAAUUGGGAAAGAGAUGUUGAAAUGGUAAAAGAAACAGGAGUUGAUUUUUAUCGAUUUUCUUUAGCUUGGACCAGAAUAUUUCCUGACGGAUACAUAAGUUACGUAAACCAAGAUGGCGUUGACUACUAUAACAAUAUUAUUAAUAAGCUGAUUGAAAACGACAUAGAACCUGUUAUAACAUUAUACCACUGGGAUCUACCCCAGAUGUUUAGCCCGCAAGGUGGAUGGGCCAAUCCAGCUAUUAUAGAUCUCUUUACUUAUUAUGCCAAAAAAGCAUUCGAAUUUUUCGGUGACAGAGUCAAAUUAUGGAUUACGUUCAACGAACCGAAAGUUUUUUGUCAAGAUUUUAACUUGUUUAUGAGUGCGGCUAAUGAGGUUUACCCGAGUGGUGUAAUAGAUUAUAUGUGUACUUAUCACGUCCUCAAGGCCCAUGCCGAAACAUACCACAUUUACAACAGAGAAUUUAAAGCUACUCAGAAAGGUAGAAUAUCGCUAACGUUAAACUUUGAAUGGUCGGAACCGGGGUCUGACAGUCCGGAAGAUAUUGCAGCUGCAGAACAGAGACGACAGUUUGAGUUUGGAUUAUAUGCUAACCCAAUAAUUAACUUCGACUAUCCAAAAAUCGUGAAAGAUCGUAUUGCUGAACGGAGCAAACAGCAAGGGUUUCCUGAAUCACGUUUGCCACAGUUUACUCUAGCUGAAAAAUUGAGGAUAAGAGGGACGUACGACUUUCUGGGUCUUAAUCACUACAGUACCUGGCAUGUAUUUGCUGCUGCAGAACGAGAUAUAGCAGAGAUCAGUUAUGAAUCAGAUAUGGGAACGUUUCGAAAUCAAAGUAAUGAGUGGCCAACAUCAGGAUCUGACUGGAAUAAAGUAGUGCCGUGGGGUUUGCGAAGAAUUCUGCAGUGGAUCAAAAAGACCUACCGAAACCCAAUAGUCCUAAUAACCGAAUGCGGUUAUCCAGAUCAAACUGGAACGCUGGAUGACGAACCAAGACAAGAUUUUCUCAGAGAUUACUUUAACGCAACACUUGAGGCAAUUCAUGAAGAUCAAGUAAACGUCCAAGCGUUUACGAUCUGGAGUUUAAUGGACAAUUUGGAAUGGCAGCAAGGAUAUCGGAUCAAAUUCGGAUUAUUCCAUGUGGAUUUUGAGGAUGAAGCUCGAACAAGGACAGCAAAAAAAUCUGUGGCAUACGUACGAAGCGUGGUGGAAACGAGGAAAACAGAUUAGAUUAAUUAAUUUAUAUGCAUUGUACAAAAGUUAAAUCGAGCUAAGCUGGUAAUAAUGUUUUAUGUGCACAAUAAAGUUCCUGUCAACAAAUUAA